AUGUCAAAUAAGAAGCAAUCAAAGCAAAGCAAUGUUCAAUUAGGACUUCCUGAUGGAGAAAUAGAAGUUGAUAAUGACGCCUAUGCUUCUAAAAUUGGUGGUAUUCCUGUGUGGCUUGAUCCAAAGCAUCCACCUUCAGCAGAAUAUUGCACCUGCCGUAUAUGUGGAGAUCUGAUGUACCUUUUAUUUCAGAGCUAUGCACCGCUUCCUGAAUCUGCUUAUCACAGAGUAGUUUAUGUUUGGGCAUGUAACAAACGAGCAUGUAUGAAGAAAGAAGGAAGUUUCAAGAUCGUUCGUUCGCAUAUUGUGGAUGAAGUUUAUUUGAAGGCACAGCGACAAAAAGAAGAAGAAAAGCGAAAAAAAGAAGAAAAGCGAAAGGCGGCGGCUGUUGCAAAUCAAACAGGAUUCGGCCAAGGAUUUCAGUUGGGUGAUCUUUGGGGAAGCUCAGCUGGAUCAUUUGCAAAGGCUGCAGCCAAAGCAGCGGAGCCCAAACCUUUAUUUGGCAUGAAACCCACCUCACCCUUUGACCCAAAGAAAGAAACAGUAGACAUUGCCGAUCAACUGAGUAAGCUAAGCAUUCAAUCACCGCCUGUGAAUGCAUCCGAUCUUCCUAAAUUCCCUGGACAAUAUCUUUAUAUUGAUGAAGAACCAAAAGAACCACACUAUGGAAACAUUGACAUGAGUCGGUAUAAAGAAUAUUUGGAAAUGGAAAAGGAGCUGCUGAUGGAGGUCGAUGAGAAUAGCGGAGAGACUUGGCAGGGUGAGACUUACGAAAAACAACAACUGCCAAAAGGAUUCGAUAAGCAAUUCAAAAAGUUCACAGAACGUGUCGAAUUGGAGCCAUCACAGUGUGUGCGAUAUGAAUUCGCUGGCCAGCCGUUGUUUUACUCUGCACUUCGAUCCCAGCAGCAGCAACUGAUUACGACACCCUGUAAAUACUGUAAAGGACCUAAAGUAUUUGAGUUCCAGCUGAUGCCUAACGUACUUUCUAUUUUACCAACAACGGAGUACGCGAGUGAAGCAGAAAAGUCUGCUAAUGCAAACAACAAAAAAUCUUUGCUUGACAGCUGGAGCGCCGGUAUGGAAUUUGGUACUAUCCUGGCGUUUGUCUGUCAAAAGGACUGUCAUCCUGGACCUAUGGAAGAACCUGCCUAUAUAGAAGAGACUGUGCUUGUUCAAUAUGAAAUAGACUAG